AUGAUUCAAUUUGUAUGGAGAACACUAUCAUCAUGGUCAUCAUUAUCAAUUAAUAAGUGCAAACGCAUGCACACAACAACCACUACGACUACAGAAUGGACCAAAAACUCCAACCUAAGAAGCAUGUUCGGCAAAUACGUCGACAAAACUAGCGUCUUCAGUUGGAACUCAAUCAUCGCCGAUUUCGCUCGAACCGGCGACUCUUUACAAGCUCUCUACGCUUUCUCUUCAAUGCGCAAACUCUCUCUUCACCCAAACCGUUCUUCUUUCCCUUGCACCAUCAAAUCAUGUUCCUCCCUGUCCGACCUCCGCGCCGGAAAACAGACUCACCAACAAGCUUUUAUCUUUGGAUACGCAUCUGAUGUAUUUGUUGCAUCUGCUCUCAUUGAUAUGUAUUCUAAAUGUGGUCGUUUGAAUGAUGCCCGGAAACUGUUUGACGAAAUUCCUAACAGAAACGUUGUUUCUUGGACUUCCAUGAUUACUGGAUAUGUUCAAAAUGAAUAUGCCCGGGAAGCCGUUUGUUUGUUUAAAGAGUUGUUGUUGGUUGAGGAGAGUGAUUAUGAAGAGGGUGUUACUCUAAGUGUGGAUUCGGUUCUUUUGGGUUGUGUUAUUUCGGCUUGUGCUCGGGUGUGUUUGAAAAGUGUGACUGAAUGUGUUCAUGAAUUCGUGGUCAAGAAGGGGUUUGAAGGGUGUUUGCCAGUUGGGAAUACGUUGAUGGAUGCUUAUGCUAAGUGUGGGGAGAUAGGUGGGUCUAGGAAAGUGUUUGAUGGGAUGGAGGAGAGGGAUGUUUGUUCUUGGAACUCUUUGAUUGCUAUAUAUGCACGUGAUGGAUUGUCAGCAGAGGCUUUAAGUGUGUUUAGUGAUAUGGUGAAGAGGGGUGAGGUACAAUAUAAUGCUGUUACGUUAUCUGCGGUGUUGUUAGCUUGUGCUAGUUCUGGAGCUCUGCAGAUAGGGAAAUGCAUACAUGAUCAGGUUGUCAAGAUGGAAUUGGAGGAUAACGUGUUUGUAGGCACUUCUAUAGUUGAUAUGUACUGCAAAUGUGGGAGAGUUGAGAUGGCAAGGAAGGCGUUUGAUCGCAUGAAAAACAAAAACGUUAAGUCGUGGAGUGUUAUGGUUGCUGGUUAUGGAAUGCAUGGACGUGGAAAAGAGGCUAUGGAAGUCUUCUACGAGAUGAUAAGGUCUGGAGUCAAACCAAAUUACAUUACUUUUGUGUCAGUUUUAGCUGCUUGCAGUCAUGCUGGCCUGUUGAAAGAAGGGUGGAGUUGGUUUAAUAGAAUGAAACGUGAAUUUAAUGUUGAGCCUGGGAUUGAACAUUAUUCAUGCAUGGUUGAUCUCCUUGGGCGAGCUGGCUAUCUUAAAGAAGCUUAUAGUUUGAUCCAUGAAAUGAAGGUGAGACCUGAUUUUAUAGUUUGGGGUUCCCUUCUUGGGGCUUGUAGGAUUCACAAGAACGUUGAACUAGGGGAGAUUGCUGCAAGAAAACUGUUUGAGUUAGAUCCAAGUAACUGUGGAUACUAUGUACUACUCUCCAAUAUUUAUGCUGAUGCAGGAAGAUGGAAUGAUGUGGAGAGGAUGAGAAUAUUAAUGAAGAAUCAUGGAAUACUCAAAACUCCUGGAUAUAGUAUAGUUGAAGAUAAAGGCAGGAUACAUGUCUUUUUAGUUGGAGAUAAGGAGCAUCCACAACAUGAGAAGAUCUAUGAGUAUUGGGACGAAUUAAAUGUCAAGCUGCAAGAACUUGGCUAUAUGCCAAAUGUAACAUCAGUGCUCCAUGAUGUUGAUGAGGAAGAGAAAGGAAUGGUUCUAAGAGUUCACAGUGAGAAACUAGCUGUUGCCUUUGGAAUCAUGAAUUCAGUUCCUGGAUCAGUCAUCCAUAUUAUAAAAAAUCUUAGAAUUUGUGGGGACUGCCACAUUGCAAUUAAAUUGAUUUCCAAAAUAGUAAAUCGAGAAAUUGUUAUCAGAGAUUCAAAGCGAUUUCAUCAUUUCAAGGAUGGUGUGUGUUCUUGUGGAGACUAUUGGUGA